GUUAUAUUGGAAAUGUUUUUCUUGCAGGUUCCAAAUGAUUUUGUUGACUUAAUUCGCGCGGGAACUUGUUUUUGAAAACAUGGGAAGCAACACCAUCGAAAUACCACUCGACACCGAUGAGGUGAUCGAGUUGGAUCUGAAUAAUUUGCCUGGUGCUACGGAAGUAAUAACAAUCUUGAAAGAAGAACGGAGCCACUUGAACUUGUGGUCGAAAAUCGCCGUUGGAUACUACACUCAAGGUCGGAUCGAUGAGUUCGUCAAAGUUCUUGAGGCGUCAAGAAGCGAAGCGGCUACAGAUUAUGACAACUAUGAACGAGACCAAACCGAAGUUCUCGACUUAAUGGCCGCUCAUUACAUCCAGAAGGCCAGCAAGGAGAAGGACAAGGAAAAGAAGAAGGAGCUCUUUGACAAAGCCACUUACUUGUACACGACAGCCGACAAGAUAUUUCUGUGUGACCAAAAUCAUUUGCUUGGCAGAGCAUAUUUGUGUAUGCUUGAGGGAGACAAGUUGGAUCAAGCGGAUGCGCAGUUUAAUUUCGUGCUUAGCUCGAAUCCGAAUUUGAUCCCGGCUUUGCUCGGGAAGGCGUGCAUUUCUUACAACAAGAAAGACUACAAGGGAGCCUUGGCCUUUUACAAAAAAGCUCUGAGAACCCGGCCGAAGUGUCCCGCCGAAGUCCGACUCGGUUUUGCUUAUUGUUAUCUGAAGCUUGGAAACCAGGAAAAGGCCCGGCUUGCCUUUCAGCGGGCACUGGAACUUGACAGCAACUGCGUGGGUGCUUUGGUCGGUCUGGCGGUCAUGGAUUUCAAUUCCCAAACACCCGAACGGAUCCGUUUAGGAGUGGAACGUCUUUCCAAAGCCUAUGUGAUCGACAACACUAAUCCCAUGUUGCUGAAUCACCUCGCCAAUCACUUCUUCUUCAAAAAGCAGUACGAGAAAGCCAAAACGCUGGCGUUUAAUGCCUUUCAGUGCACUGAUAACGAAAUGAUGAAAGGCGAGAGUUUCUACCAACUGGCUCGUUGCUUCCAUGUUCAAGGAGACUACGAUCAGGCUUUUCAAUAUUAUUACCAAGCGACUCAAUUCGCUUCGCAAAAUUUUGCCCUUCCGAAUUUCGGGCUCGGGCAGAUGUACAUGUAUCGAGGGGACGUGGAAAAUGCCGCGUUGUAUUUUGAAAAGGUGUUGAAACUGCAACCCGGAAACUACGAAACCAUGAAGAUCUUGGGUUCUAUCUAUGCCGCCUCGUCGUCUGUGGAGAAGCGAGAACAAGCUAAGGUGCACCUUAAGAAGGUCACCGAAGUCACGCCAGAGGAUUUGGAGGCAUGGAUUGAACUCGCUCAAAUUCAAGAACAGAAUGAUCUUCAGGGUUCGUUGACUGCCUACACGAAGGCCAUUGAAAUCCUUGAAGACCCAUCCACGGACUCGUCUGUCCCCCCGGAGCUUAUCAACAACGUCGGUUCGUUGGAGUAUCGCUUGAAGAACUUCGAAAAGGCCAAGUCGUAUUUCGAACGGGCGUUGGCACGUUGCGAAGAAGAGAGGGACAUGGACAGUGCAUAUUAUACGUCGAUCGCAGUCACAAUCAAGUACAAUUUGGCUCGCGUGUGCGAGGUGACUUUCGUUCACGACCAAGCUGAGAAAUUGUACAAGGAAAUUCUCAGAGCUCAUCCAAUUUAUGAUGAUUGUUAUCUGAGGUUGGGCGUCAUGGCUCGUGAUCGUGGACAGAUUCACGAUGCAUCAUAUUGGUUCAAAGAAGCUCUGCGAAUCAACCAAGUAAACCCAGAAGCCUGGUCGUUGAUCGGAAACUUGCAUUUGGCGAAGCGUGAAUGGAAUCCAGCGCAGCGCAAGUUCGAACGUAUUCUCAACAGUGGCGUGGCCGCCAAUGACGCCUACGCGCUGAUUGCACUCGGCAACAUGUGGCUCCAAAUCUUGUUCCAACCAUCAAAAGACAAAGACAAGAUCAAGAAGCAUCAAGAACGGUCUCUGAGCAUGUUCCGACACGUGCUCAAGAACGAUCCGUCGAACAUUUGGGCCGCCAAUGGGAUCGGGUGUGUGUUGGCCCACAAGGGUUACGUGAAUGAAGCUAGAGACAUAUUUGCGCAAGUGCGAGAAGCUAUAGUCGACUUUCCGGACGUGUGGCUAAAUAUCGCGCAUGUGUACGUGGAGCAGAGGCAGCUUGUCUCGGCGACGCAGAUGUACCAGAACUGCAUGCGAACUUUUUACAAGCACUAUAAUGUGGACGUGCUACAGUAUCUGGCCAGAGCCUUUUUCAAAAUGAAUAAGUACGAUCAGGCGAGAGCGUGUUUGCUGAGGGCGAGACGAGUUGCGCCGCAUGACACGGCAAUUUUAUUCAAUUUGGCCAUCACCAUCCAGAGGCUGGCCAAGGCAACAAUCCGAGAUGAGAAGGCAUCGCUGACCUCCGUACUUCAAGCCGUGCAUGAACUUGGCUGUGCGCACAAAUAUUUCACCUGGUUGUCUCAUCACGGUGACCGAAUGCGGUUCGACUUGGCAGUCGCUGGACAUGAAGCUCGCCUCACUCAGGACUUGCUCUCUCAAGCCCACUUCUACGUGUCCAGAGCCAAGAAGCUCGACGAGGAAGAGCGUGCUUUGCGUAAAAAGCAGGAAGAAGAGCGAGAGGCCUUCCUGCGGAAACAGUUGGAGAUGAAAGCCUACGAGGAUGAAUCACGGCGGAAGCGACUGGAGGAAGAGCAGCGGAAACGCGAGGAAUACAAGGAACGGAUGAAGAAUGCCGUCAUUAUUCCGGACGUUCCUGCUGAAAAAUCCAAGUCCGGGUCCAGGAAACGUCGAGAUGGGUACAUAUCCGAUGGCGAUAGUUCAGACGGUGGACCACCGCCAGAAGGUGGCGAAAAACCACCAAAUGCUAAACGCAAGAAGCUUACGAAAACUUCGAAGAAAAAAGAAGGCAAGGAGAAGAAAGUACGAGAAAAGAAGGAACGAAAGCCAAAGCCUCCUCGUGGCAGAAAGAAGAAGGCGGGAAGCGACGAAGACGGACUAUCAAAAGUCCAGAAGUCGCGAGUUGUAUCGAAAGCCGUCAUUUCUUCGAGUUCUUCCUCGGAAGACGGUGGAAACGAGAAAAAGCGGAAAACGGUCGCCCGACGCGUCAGCAGCGACAGUGGCAGUGGGAAAUCCCGCUCAGGAUCCCGUUCUUCUCGCUCUGGUUCGGGUUCCAGAUCUGGCUCAAGUCGGAGUAAAUCCAGAAGCAAAUCUAGGUCUAGAUCCAGAUCGAAAUCCAGAUCGAGAUCAAAGUCCAAGUCCAGAUCGAGAUCAAAGUCUAGAUCCAAAUCGAAAUCUGGAUCAGGUUCUGGUUCCGGAUCCGACGGCGGAAAGUCUGGGUCCGGCAGCAACAAAUCUGGCAAAUCGAAGAGUGGUUCGGAUUCUGGCUCGAAAUCUGAUUCUGGCAGCGAUUCUGACCCAAACAGGAAAGUGCAAUCGGGUUCUGACUGAGUGGAUUCCCCGUUGUACUGACCGAAGAGCUGAUGGAAUUAAUUUUGGAUUUUAUUGAGCAAGAUCUCGAAGUCCACGCGUCGGAGAAUAUUGAGAAAGGAGUUGUUAAAAUGUGAUUUUCAACGCAGUUUGUUUUUUGUUUUGAUAUGUGAAGUGAAAGUUGACCCGAAUCCAACGCUGGGCUGAAUGACCCGCUGAUGAGGUUGCGAUGAUUAUUCGGUACUUUUUUUUUCUGUUUCACCCCCGUUUUUGGGAUUUUUGAACUUCCGGUAGGUGUCUCCCCUUUCUCUAACCUGUUCAACCAGAACUGAUUUAACGAACCUAUCCUAAUGCGGUUGAAUCACCGAUUAUCUGUCUCUU